AUGGACGUCGACGCGUCGCUAGCCUUGGUCGAGGCGGCCGCCGCGAGCUUCGCCGCCUCCGUGCGAGCUUUGGAAAGCUGUGGCAGCCUGACGCCCGCGCAGCGGCAGCGGUUAAAUGAAGCGAAGCGGAAAACGCAGGGCUCGGACGUCCCGGCCACGCCACAGACAACAAUGAGUGAACCGCCGACGCCACAGACGCGACGCGAGCGCAUGGCGUCUUGGCAGCAGCAGGCGUCGGCCAAUAAGUCGCACCGGCACCUCUCGCGGUCUCUGAACUUCCAGUCCAAAUUACGGCUCGUGGCAGACGCUCAUGAAGAGGGUAGAAGCCCCGCCGUGCACUCGGCACUAAAAACGUUGGAUAGACACCGCCACGACUUCGAAAGCUGGUGCUGCAAAAAGAAGAAACGUCGAAGAGUCAAAGUGCAACCGACGUCGAUCAUGCACGGCGAGAACGCGAGCCAAGCGAUCCUGGAAAUGACGGCCAAGCAGGAGGAGUACAACACCUCGAGCGAAUGGGUGUUUGAUCCGCAAUCGAAGGAGCACGCGGCCUGGACGACGAUUAUUUUUUUGCUGGUUUGCUACACCAUGGUCGUCGCUCCGAUCGAGAUGGCUUUUUACUCCAACAGGAAGGUUCCUGGAUCACUCAAGUCGAUCAACGUCGUUGUAGAAUUAUGCUUUGUGGUGGACUUGGGACUGGGCUUUGUGACUGGAUAUAGAAGAGGAGCAGAAGUAGUCAUGGACUUGAGGCUGAUCGCGCUGAACUACCUGAGAGGGUGGUUCUGGGUCGACUUUAUUGCCUCGAUACCUUUGGAUACUUUGUCUGUAUUGUUUGGGGACGACCAACUAUGCAUUGCGAAGAUCUGCAAGUUCAUCCAGAUGCUGAAGAUUUGUAAAGUGUUCCGCAUGCUCAAGAUGUUAAGGGUCAGGGACGUCGUCGACGAGACGAUUGACUUAGGGUGGUUGACCCCUGGGACCUCGAAGAUGCUUUCUAUUGUUUUUAUUUAUUUUCUUGCCAUGCACUUCAUUGGGUGCGCAUUCUGGGGCGUCGCCAGUAGGACGGAGAACGACUGGGGUGGUAGUGUCGCGAUGCACCGGCGCUUCGCCCCGCCCGAAGCGCUCAAGGACGCGUCCGUCGGGCGGCAGAUCCUGUUCGCGCUGCACUGGGCCGUGCUGGAGCGAGCCUCGGCGUUUUUGUUCCAUCCAACCGCGAGGCCGAACCUCCUGCAGUCCGUCUUUCUGAUUGGGGUGAAGAUCGUGGCCAUUGCUUUUAUCGCGAUCAUCAUCGGCCAGGUCAAGGCCGUCAUGGAAGAGAUCAGUUCUGACGACCCCGACAAGAAGGCCCAGCUCAAGGUGCUUGAUAGGUACUUGGAGCGCCACGCCGUGCCCCAGGAGGCUCGAACGAAGGCACGAGCUCAUUUAAUCUUCAUGCAUAAUCGAUUACUGACGGCCAAGUACACGGGGUUGUUGGCGAAGCUACCGCCGCGCUUGAGGACGCACGUCGAGGCGGCGGCGCGCGUCCAGGUUUUGGGGAGAUGUCGUACGUUCGCCCCGGCCAAGAAGACCAUGGCCUUGUUAGCGGUGGCGCGCUGUAUGAGGGAUGAGCUCCACGGCCCCGGCGACCACGUUUUUGAUCAAGGCGCGCCCGCGGACGGGCUGCGGGUGGUGGCGGACGGUCGGUUGUUCACCUUCCAGCGCGCGACGCCCUGGCCGAAGUUAUUAGUGUUCUGCGGGAACAACGACGCGAUUGGAGACGACUGCUGCCUCCAUACGUCGGCCAAGGUGUGGCUCUACGGGUGCAGCGCGAAGAGCCACUCCCAGGUCUACUUCGUGCCCCUCGCGGACCUCCUGCAUAUUGUGGAGGAGUAUGCUAUAUUCCGGACGGCGGCGACCGCGGCGGCGAAGCGGUCCUACGAUCUAUUGGUAAGGCAGGUCGCGGCGAAAGUCAUUAGACCGAAGUUCCGCAUGCUGCUGGCGCGGAAGCGACGGGGGCAGGCGGUGGAGACGUCUUAAUUUUUGUAAGUUUUAUUCGCUAGUACCGUGUCUGCCGCGUGCCGACCAGAGUGAUAAUCUAGUUUAUCCCGGCGAGGUUACUGCGGUAAUGCCAAUAAUAAUGGCAAGGUAUACCAGGUAUACCAUAUAAGGUACCUACGGUACCACCAUACCGUACCUCGUAGAAACCACGCCCGCGGCGCGAGCUUGCGUCUGUCCGCAUCUCAAAGCGCCCGUCUGCCUGGGAUAAUACUUCUCUGAAGCCGUAAGAAACGCCUCCGACCGCCGACAUUGGAAAACCCAGGGCUAGAUAUCUCACGAUAAAAAAGGAUGAAAUAGCGCGCCGCAUCGAGGAGGGCGGCCUGAGCGCCACGCCCACGCCGUCCGCCACGGACGCGACGGAGGCGAGCCCCUUCGGGCGCGUGCCCGGCUCCUGCGGCAAGGAAGCGACGGGGGCGAGCCCCUUCAAGCGCCUGACGGGCUACUUCUCGAAGGCGCCGGAGCCGGUCACGCCCGAGACGAAGCCGACGCCCGAGCCGUGCAACUGCCUCGUCGCGCUGCGCCUCGGCAUCUUCUUCGUGGUCUACCCGGCGGUCAUUGCGUACUUGUGGUUCUACUACAUCCCGACGCGCUCGAUCCCGAAGUAG